UGACUUCUGCUUCUUCCGUUAACGUCCAGAAUCUCCACGCUGAUGCUGUCUGCGGCUCAUUUCCAGGGCAACAAUGCCGUGUUGUUGCGUGAACGGCUGUUUUAACCGCUACUCCCCCAGCUCCACCAUAAAGUUCUACAGAAUCCCCAGCGGACGCCGGCAGUUUCAGAUCCUCAGGAGGCGUUUGUGGGUGGAAGCGAUCCAGACCGCUAACGGGGAAGUCUUGCCAGGCGGUGCAAAUCUUCGCAUUUGCGGCGCUCAUUUCGUCUCAGGAGAAGCUUCCACGGAUCCAGACAGGCCUAAUUUUGUUCCAACCUUGUUUAGAUCCACUAAAUCAGACCAGAGUCCAAGUACACAGACGAUAUGGACUUCUGUCCAUCAAAACACUUGCCUACAGAAAGAGUAUGUGGAAACUGGAACAACAGCCAGGGGACAGGAUGCAGAGACUGAAAAGUCAACUACCCUGAGAGAGGAGGGGGCGACUGAAAAAUCAACUACAAUCAGAGAGGAGGGGGCGACUGAAAAAUCAACUUCAAUCAGAGAGGAGGUGACGACUGAAAAGUCAACUACAAUCAGAGAGGAGGGGGCGACUGAAAAAUCAACUACCCUUAAAGAGGAAGGGGUGACUGAAAAAUCAACUACAAUUAGAGAGGAGGGGGCGACUGAAAAGUCAACUACCCAGAGAGAAGAGGGGGCGACUGAAAAGUCAACUACUCUGAGUGAAGAGGCGACUACAAAGUCAACUACUGUCAGUGAAGAUGCAGAGACCAACACAUCACCAACUCAACCUGCAUCGGAGUCUCCUUCAGACCACGAGUCCUCUGCCUUAAUGGAAACUGAGGAGGAACCUUUGCCAGAAAGGCAAACUUCAUUGUGCUCGUCAGUGUCAAAGGAAGAAGCAGCAGAGGACAAGAAGAUAAAUGACAAAGACCAGGGUGUGACCAAAAGUGAAACAGAGGAUGAGAAGGACAACCCAGAGAACAAAUCCAGCCUAAACGUACCUCCAUCACCACGGAAACCACUGGGAGGGACCUUAAAAGUAGAUAAAAUUAAUCCUGUGGUGCUCCUAAAGCCUUUAAUUGUACCGCCCGGUGCUUAUCACGUUAAGCUGAGCAGUCUGACCCACACUGCGGCGUCACACAAAGAGCAGCCUGAAGAAACGGACUCGAGUGAGACCGGUUUCGCCGAGUCCUGCUCUGUCACCAGGGAUCAGCCGGUUUUUCCGUGCAACCUGUGCGACCGGACGUUCACCACAAGCCACUACCUCAAGCGUCACAAACUGCUUCACGUUCGGGACGUGAGGAAGUGCCUGAGGUGCGGCGUGCUCUUCUGCCGCCGCCACAACCACGUUCUGUUCCAGACGCGGGCCGAGCCGUUACCCGAGUCCGAGGAGGAAUCCUCCGGCAGCGAGGAGGAACUUCCGGACAAUCGUGUGAACGCGGAAAAGGAGAAAACAAGCGAGGUAACGGAAAUUGACGGCGGCGCCUUGAGGACUCGGACUGAAACGCCUCCAGCCUGUCCUGCUGUCACAGACGUACCUUUACUGAAGACUGCCCCUCUGAUCGACAUCCGAAAACCUCUCAUGGCGUCGGUGAAGCCUCCUACUGUGCCCUCCCCACCUCCUCCCAUCCUCAGAUUGCCAAAUAACCAGGAAGCCCUCUUUCAGAUCAAACCGCUCGUGUCCUCCCCCACUUUGACGAAAGCAAAUCUCCCUCAACCGCCCCAGCUCCCGUCUUCCCUGAAGAUCUUCUCCGCCCACCACCUCACCUCAGCGCUGCUUGAUGUUCAGAGAAAUUACGAGUACAUUUUAAGCAAGCCUAAAAACAAAGCGGUCAAGUUCAAGGAGGAGCCAGACGAGCAAGUGAACAUUUGCCAAGUGCAGCCACCCGUCAAGCGAGUCAAAUUAGAGAAAAUCGCUUAUGACCUGGAGGUGGUCAUCUGAUUCAGAGCUGCUAACGAGACUUCUCUAUGAGAUCGGUCAGACUCACCUGUCACCUUUAGAACAGCGUACAAUGGUUAGUUACUCAAUGUUUUAGCAUUAAGCUGUAAAGCUACUUGAGAAAAACAUCUUCUGUUUUAUAAAGCAGCUCCCACACCCACAGGCCUCUGAUGAGGUCACAUAAGGCAGAGGAUCAGUGUACUUUUCCUCGUUAUUCACAUGUAUUAAGUAAAAUUACUCUUUAAAUAGCUGUUUUGAUGUGGCAUAUGUCUCUGGGUGUGUGG